AUGCACGCCUCCUCCUCCUUUGCGGCGUUUUCCACGUGUUCCAAUCAUCACUCGUCGUCGCGUACUUCAGUGUCUUCGAGGAGCGCGAGGAGCAAAAAAACGUCCGUCAUAGAGGCGUGGAAUCGUGAUGAUGAUGCGCGCAGAGUAACAACAAAUGGAACAUUAAGAUACGACCGAAAAGAAGAACAACAACUGAAUGCGUCGGCUUUCUUCACCCCUUUUCGAGCGCAAACGAGGGCGAAAACGACGUUUACGGCUUCGAGGAGGAGACGACAAAGUGGACGAGUUUUUUGCGUCGUCGCAGGAGGAGGAGGAAAAGGAGGAGAUUUGAACCAGCCGUUACACGCGAUGACGAUGCGAAGGAAACGCAUCCGCGCGAAAGAAGCGUCGAUUUUAAAACUGCCGGCGGCGUCGACGAAGAGGAAAGUGGCUAUUUUCGUCGAGCCGUCGCCGUUUACGCACGUCAGCGGGAUGAAGAAUCGGUUUUUACGUUUGAUUGAAAACUUAGCCGAAUUGGGCGACGAGGUUGUGGUUAUCACGCCGUGCGUGGAUCCUCCGGAGGAGUAUUGCGGGUGUAAAGUUAUCGGCGUGAAAGGCAUCGUGUUGCCGUUUUACGGCACGGAUACGCUGUUGUUGUCCACGGGUUUGAGCGGGAGAGUGUAUCGGGAUUUUAAGGAGAAGAAACCGGAUUUGAUACACUGUUCGACGCCGGGGACGAUGAUUUGGGCGGCGAUUUUGUAUUCGAAGAUGUUUGGGGUGCCGUUGGUGCAGAGUUAUCACACGCACAUUCCUCAUUAUAUUCCGCGGUAUACGCCGGAGGCGUUUGGGAUUGCGAGGUUUUUACAGAGGCGGAUGUGGGAUUUAAUUCGCAUUUGGAGCGGAUUCGCGCAGACAACUAUGGUGACCAGUUCAAUCAUGGAGGAAGAGUUGAGACAGAUGGGGUGUUCGAGGUUGCAAGUGUGGCAAAAAGGCGUGGAUACGGUGACGUUUAAUCCGCAAUUUAAAAACGAAGAGUUUUCCAGGCGCGUGUUGACCGAAGGGAGGAGUGGACCAAUCAUCGGGUGCGUCGGAAGACUCGGCGCGGAGAAGAACUUGUACGCUUUGAAAGAGAUUUUGACGUAUUUACCGGAAGAUACGAACGUGGCGAUCAUUGGCGAUGGACCGGAGAGGAAAGCGUUGGAGAAACACUUCGAAGGAACGAGGACGACGUUUACCGGGAUGUUGACUGGAGAAGAUUUAGCGAUGGCGUACGCCGGUUUAGACGUGUUUGUGAUGCCAUCGGAAUCGGAAACGUUAGGAUUUGUGGUCAUGGAAGCUAUGGCGAGUGGCGUGCCGGUGGUGGCGGUUGCCGCGGGUGGAUUGUUGGACAUCAUGACCAAUUGCGCCGGGAACGCCGGGGAGUUGUAUCCGUCCGGGGAUUACGCCAAAGCCGGCGAGUUGACGAGAAGUUUACUGACGGAUAAGCAAAAGUUGGCGAGAUACUCGCAAGCGUCUUUGGAGUACGUCUCGCAGUGGUCGUGGAUGUCCUCGAAUAAAAAGUUACGCAAUCGACAAUAUUUCAAAGCCGUUCGCAGACAUUGGAAAGCAAACUUUGGUAAGGAAAGAGCGAAAAAGAUUAAAGUGCGACAGUGGAUGGCAAACGCGUUGCAGUUUGUAACGAGUGGAUGGUUUCUGGUGAACUUGGCCUUCAUCGUUGCCGCGUUUGGGAUUGUUCUCGCAGGGAGGAACUUGGAGUUAUCCGCGAACGUGGCGAAGAAAGUCGCCGCAAAUAGCGCCACAGCGAACGGGGUCAUCAAAACCGUCAUCGCGGCGAUUGAAACUGCAAUUAUGAAAUAUGGCGUUCCCGUAGCCAUGUCUGCGAACGUUGUCGCGAUUGCGUUAGCAGGCAUCGUGCCGUUUAUGACAAUGAUUCCGUUGUUCAUCGCGAGUGGCUUGUUUUUUGGCGUCAUCCCGGGCGGCGUUUUGAAUGUCGUCGGAGCAACGGUAGCGGCAGUAUUCGCGGCGAACGCUUCGCGUGCGGUCGUGAAAGCGGCGGCGACGACGAAGCAACCAGCCGAGCUGGUGCUCGUAAAAUCCAACGCGCCCGUCCGACGAUUCUUGAAAGCUCAAAUGUCCGCCGUAAAAAACGGCAUCGUCAAUGAAAACAUCAUUUCGCAAUGUUCCUCCAUUUGCGCUUUGCGAUUAUUCCCACACUCGCCAUUUACGGUCGUUUCGUACGUUCUCGGCGCUAUUCGAGACCUUCGGCUUCGCGCCAUCUUUCUCGGCACCGCGGUUGGUACCAUUCCGUGGGCCUUAUUCUACUCCUUGGUCGGCAACAGCGGUAAAAGCUUGCUCCAACUCUCCUCCUCUUCCGCGAAGAAAGCCGCCAUCGUCGCGUCGAGCAAAACGCCAGCAGACUUGGCCGCUUUCACGAGUGAACGAAUCGUCGACGCGUUAUCGCGCGCGGACAAACUCGUUCCCAAAGUCUUAACGGGCUUGGAAAUGGUGAUUGUCGGUAUCGCGCUUGUCUUGACCCUUAUAACCGCGGUCAGAGUCGCGUUGGACGUAAGAGCCGAACAGCAGAAAAACAACCACCAAAUGGAAUCCUCAUCCGGAUAG